CAAUAGAUAAGGUUUUCCUCUCGUUCAUCUUACCCUUCACCGGGACUGCAGCAGAAGAAACUCUUCCAUUCAAUCCAUGAGUUCAUCCUCCUUCAUAUCUUAACAUUCCAAAAUCAUCUUCUUUACCUGUCUUUCACUCGUCACCUGCAAAUGGGUUCCAAUGUUCUCCCUCAGGCGGUGUUUAUGGUUCCAAGGAACCCUACUCAAUGGGCUCCCAAGAAGUUAGCGUCUUCUGCUUUUCUUCGAGCUGGGCAGUUCAAUUCACCUGCAAUUCGCCUGUCCAGGAAUUCAUCCUGUUCUUUCCGCACUGCCAAUUUGAAGCGUUUUGUUGUCAGAGCUGAAGCGGAGGAGGGAGCGGCUGAGGAACCUGCUCCAGAACCCGAAGCCGGAGUUGAAACCGAGUCGGAGGCUGAAGCGGAAGUUGCAACUGAGGAAAAGCCUCCUAGGAAGCCUCGUAUUAAGCUCGGAGAGAUAAUGGGGAUAUUGAACAAGAGAGCAAUUGAAGCAUCUGAUGAGCAAAGGCCUACACCAGAUCUUAGGCCCGGCGAUAUUGUAGAGAUCAAGCUGGAAGUCCCAGAAAAUAGGAGGAGAUUGUCUGUGUAUAAAGGUAUAAUUAUCUCGAAGCAAAAUGCUGGUAUUCACACCACUAUUCGGAUUCGGAGGAUUAUUGCUGGCAUUGGAGUUGAAAUCGUAUUCCCUGUAUAUUCACCAAAUGUCAAAGAGAUCAGAGUAGUGAGCCACCGGAAAGUGAGGAGGGCAAAAUUGUACUAUUUGCGGGAUAAACUUCCCAGGCUUUCUACUUUCAAAUGAAGUCUUCAGUAGAGUUGUGCUUCCUUCAUUCAUGAUGUUUUGGAUUUCAGUGUGUGCUUUUUAACACUCUUCUUCUUUUCCCAUUUGCAUGUUUCUCUAAAUCUGUAAAUUUUUAUACUCUGUUGUUAGGUGGUUAUAACAUGAUCAUUGAAUCUUGAUUACCAACUUCAUGUGCUGGUUUGCUACAUGGCUUUGCUAUGAGUAUUUUAAGUUAUCUAGA